UCUUCAUCUCUUCUCAUCAGUUAAUAAUUGCAACAUUUUGGUUUGUGGUGGUGAUGGUACCAUUGGCUGGGUGCUUGAGUCGAUGGAUAAGAUGGAAGAAUUGUUUAUUCAUGGGCGACCUCCAGUGGCCGUACUUCCACUAGGAACUGGAAACGAUCUGGCAAGAUGCCUGCGAUGGGGCGGAGGAUAUGAAAACGAGAGCUUGUACAAAAUUCUUAUGCAAAUAGAAAAAGCUACGACUAUUGAUAUGGACAGAUGGUCAAUAAAAAUUAUGCCAAAGGAGAAACAAAAGAAAAAGGAAAAAGGCGAUCCACAGCCUUACAAUAUUAUCAACAAUUACUUCAGCAUUGGAGUGGAUGCGUCAAUUGCUCAUCGCUUCCAUGCUAUGAGGGAGAAGUAUCCCGAAAAAUUCAACAGUCGAAUGAGGAAUAAGUUAUGCUUGGCACAAGUGAAACACUUUCAAGUUCCUUGUGACGGGGAGACCAUCGACUUAGGUCAGGACUCGUCGCUUGAGGGAAUUGCUAUUCUUAAUAUUCAUUCAAUCUAUGGAGGAAGCAAUCUCUGGGGAAGAAGCAGGAAGGGAAAGACACGUUUCAAUUUUCAAUUGCCGAAUUCUAACGAAAGAUUGCCGUUGCAGGCACGAGUGCAGGAUAUCGGAGAUGGAUUAGUAGAGCUGGUUGGACUUGAAUCGGCUAUGCAAAUGGGACAAAUAAAGGCUGGCGUACGAGGAGCUAGGCGUUUAUCGCAAUGCUCAACAGUUGUUAUUGAGUAAAA